AUGCCGAGACGAGCACCACGACGUUAUCCGGAGCGUGACUCUUUCGUUGAUGCCGUUGGCUUCGCCGUUGUUGACUUGUCCUUGUUGGCAGGAUUUUUGUCCGCCCUCGCCCCGUGUCAGAAGUGCAAGAAAGGCGUUCUACACCUGAAGAUGGACAGCGGACGGAGGGCAGGUUUCGUGCCGAAGCUCUUGCUCGAGUGCUCCCAUCCGUAUUGUGGUAGUGGAGUCCGCACAGGCUACGAGUUUUGCACCUCGAAAAGAAUACAGUCAGCAACAGCUGCAUCUGGGCCGUUUGUGCUGAACCGUCGCAUGGUCUUAGCUGCCCGCGAGGUGGGCUGUGGUCAGGCUGCCCUGGACAGACUCGUGGCUAUUGUUGGACUCAUUGGAGGACUCAGCUCAUAUGCGUUCAGCGAGCAUGUUCGAGCUAUUGAUGCUGCCACGUCAUCAGUAGCUCAACAACUCCUUGCAGAGGCUGCAGCUAAAGUAAAGGAAAUUGAGAAGGCCAUUGAUGAUAAUGAUGCUGGAGUUCCAUCUGUGAAUGGCCCUAUUGACACAGCAGUCUCGUGCGACGGAACAUGGCAGAAACGUGGUCAUCUGUCACUCUUUGGCGUCCAGGCUGUCAUUUCCGUCGGCACUCGCAAGGUUCUGGACUACGAGAUCCAGAGCAAGCAUUGUCAUGCUUGCCAAUCUCGUGGGCAAUGGGACAAGACGACAUCUGCCUACAGGGAGUGGAUGGAUGCUCAUCGACCUCAUUGCCAGAUCAACUACCAUGCAUCGUCGAACAGCAUGGAGUCUGCCGGGGCAAAGGCGAUGUGGAGCCGGUCAGUGGAGAAGCAUAAUCUCCGCUAUACCAUCUUUGUCGGAGAUGGAGACAGUUCCACACACAAGAACAUCAAGGACAUCUAUGGGCAAGACCAUCCCGUAGAGAAACAUGAGUGCAUUACUCAUAUUCAGAAGCGAAUGGGUAGCCAGCUUCGGUCACUGAUCCUUGCACACAAGUCAACAAGUGUGAUUCCUUCUGCUGGCGGCAAGCGGACAGGGAUCAAAGGAUCACGUGGUCUGACAGCAAAGAUGAUCGACCAGAUGCAGAAUUACUACGGGAAGGCGAUCCGUGACAACCUGGGCGACAAGCCCAAGAUGAUCCGAUCCAUCAACGCCAUCUAUGGUCAUUUCUCUAAUGACCAUCAGCACUGCCCCGAAGGUGAGGAUACGUGGUGCAAAUACAACAGCCAGAAUCCUGAGUAUCAUCGCAAGUACAAGGAGAAGGACAUCGCACCAGAGGUUUUGGCCUUGUUGGAGCCAAGCCGUGAACGCCUCACUGAUCCUGAUCUACUCGAGAAGGUGCAAAGGAGGGAAACUCAGAACCCCAAUGAAGCACUUCAUAGCGUGAUAUGGAAGCGAGCUCCAAAACACCUCUUCGCCUCCUUUCAGGUAAAACAUCUAGCUUGUUGUCUGGAAACACGUAUUUCCAACACACUUUUGUAG